CUUUACUGUUGUGUCAAGUCAAAAUGUGCCCAGUUAAAUGCCAUAUUUUCGUAGUAUUUUAAUACCUCCUUUUUCCGCCGAUCCUUUUUUACAAGAAGACAACCAGUGGAGCGCCAGCAGGACCUCUAAUAUGCGUAGACGCAGAAGAUGGGGGGCCAGGCGAUGAGUGUUUAUCCAAGGGCGACCUACGUUGUAAUGAGGCGCGAGAUGGACGCGAUCACCAAGUUUUACGAGAAGCGGUCGACGGCCCACCGCCGGAAGCUCUACCGAGUGACCGAGACACCGCAGCCAGGACUCUGCUUCGUCUUCCACGGAAUGUGCCUCCCCGGGUGUGAACACUUCCUCAUCGACUUCAUGACCGAGGCGGGCGCGGAACUCUGCGACAACUGUAACGUGGUGCUCCGGAUAGGAGCGCGUCUACCCCAGAACUAUCUCACGAGAAACUCCCGCCUGAAGGGAUUGUGGGGCCCUAUGGAGCGGUCCUCGAAUCUCAGCUUCCAACUGACCCGCGGCAAGUCCUUCUGGAUGCAGAUUCUGAUCACCGAGGAGUGCUUCCUCAUCUCCGUUAACGGCUAUCACUUUGCGCCCUACAUACACCGGAUGCCCUACAAGUGGCUGGAGGCGGUAGACGUUCGGGGCGACGUCACCGACAUUGCCGUAGACUCGUUCUUCGUGUCCGAGUAUCCUGUCCGGCUGACGCACUCGUUGCCCGUGGUUAUACCGCUUCAGUUCGAACAGAACGUGGCAACUGUAGCACCCGACGUCACCCCCGAUCCAAGAGCAGAAUGGCGGGUCCUGUCAUCGCUGAUGAUGAUGUCCUCGCCGGGGUAUGUCUUCCAGCCCAGCUUGGCGCUCCCCUUCUACGGCACCCUUCCCGAGAAGGAGCACCUCACCGAGGGGCGUGCUUUGCGCAUCGAGGGGCGCAUGCGGCUGAUGCCCCAGAGCUUCAGCUUCGCCCUCCAGAUCGGCCAGGAGAUCUGGCCCCAGCCCACGGUGUCCUUCUACUUCAGCCAGUGCUUCCUACGGGGCAAGCGCGACAAGGUCGGCAAUGCCAUUGUCACACGGAGCGCCUAUGUGAAGGGCGAGUGGGUGAACACCCACGUCUCCCGGCUGAGCACGUCCCUCCGGCCGGGCAGCGCCUUCGUCAUCCUCAUCGCCUGCCGGAAGCAGUACUACGAGUUGUUCGUCAAUAACAAGUCCCUCUUUCAAUUCAAGUACCAGAUGCGUCCCGAUCGCGUCGACAUUGUCAACAUUCGCGGCGACAUCAAGUUGUGGGAGGUCGUCAUCGAGACCAGUAAUCCUCACAACAACUCGCUCAUGGGACGCGCCUUCGCGACGUGGAAGAAAACUAAAUUGAAUAUGUAGCCAGGUCGACUUGCUCGGUGUUACCUCUCUGUGGAGUUCAAAAGGACGACCCAGUCCCAGUCUUGUUUCUUGUACCUCAAUCGAAAUUGAACAGAAAAGAAUGAAAUUCGGUCUUUUGUAAUUUUA